AUGCGCAUUCCUAUAAGGGAGCAGCUGGGUCUGCUUGUGAUACUGGCAGCUCUGAUCGCUUUGGCUGUUGUAGCUUCAGCAACAUGGAUCACGACGCGUAACUUCGUGCUCGAAUUACGAGCUACUCGGCUGUCUCUUACGGCCUCUCUCAAGGCUGCGCAACUGACCUCGAAUCUUGCUCUUAUGCAAUCACAAGUUCGCUCUGCUGCUAGUCGACUUGUCAUUCAGAGCGCACUACAGCGAUACAACAAUGGCAACAACACUGUGGAGAAUUGGACUCGUACGAGAGACGACUUAGCUGCAGUCUUUCAAGGUGGAGGCCAGAGUGGACUUUUACUACAGGCUCGAAUAUUCGCGAAGAACUCAACAGGUCCCGCCGGCUCAAACACGACUCUUGUUGAAGCUACCGGAGUCGACGUGGUGGAUACUGUGCAACUACCCGGCCUGAACGCAGACGGCAGCUCCAUAUAUCUCGGCUCUAAUGGCAGUUCUGGCUAUCCGUCGAAUCUCUAUCCCAAUCUCACUUACCGGAAUGACGGGGAGAAUGCCAACACAGGCGAGUUUGUGACAGUGGAUGGCACGCCUAUGGAUUCGACAGAUACUCUUUUGCUGGGACCAUGGCAACUCAAUGAGACCGUCUCUUUGCUUUCAAUCACACUUCCUAUCAUCAAUAAUACAUCCGCUUCUGACAUGCUCGGUUGGCUUACUGUCGUAUUGGAUGGCAGGCUGAUUGGAGACGUCGUCGCUGCUAGGGAAGGGCUCGGAGACUCUGGAGUAACACUUCUUAUUGGACCUAACACGCAGACCAACAGGUUUCCCAGUGGUAUCUUAUCAGAUAGCAACAAUGGCAAUCCACCAGAUAAUGUGGAGGUUGUGUACAAGCUCGCACCGACAAGGCGUCAAGAUGUUGGCGCUCGACACACUGCUCGCGAUUAUGGCAGCUCCAGAAUGCCCUUCAGCCUAGACAGUUUUCCUGCAGCCAAAAUUGGAUUUACCAGCAACCUAACAACUCUGGAUAACGCCAACAACGCUGGCAGCGCGAUAUCUACUCGUAAUGAGGAAGGCUUGAAAGUGUCUGUAGGCUACGCUACACCCAGCACAUCCCUUGUGGACUGGCUUCUUGUGGUAGAGCAAUCACGAGCUGAAGUUUGGGAACCUAUAAACCGCCUCCGAACUGUCCUCCUAGCCUGCAUAUUUGCCACACUAGGCGCUAUGCUUUUAUUCGCUGUCCCGGCGGCCCACUACGCUAGUCGACCGAUACGACGGCUCAGAGAUGCUACCAAGCAAACAGUCACACCUCCUGGAUAUGGCCCCUCGAGUCCCGCGAGUAGUCCAUCAUUCCUUGAUGACGACGUGAGCCCAGGGCAUGUUGCAAAAGAAGGCUUCUUCGCAGCUUGGAAGAGAUUUUCUAUCAGAAGAGACGCGGACACGGAUGGUCAGCAGGAUGAAGGGAGACGAACUUUUCGCAUUCCCGGAAAAGUGAAAGACCGGAAACACUACAUCAAUGAUGAGCUCACAGACUUGACAAGGACCUACAAUGAGAUGUCAGACGAGCUAAUGAUGCAAUAUGAAAGGCUUGAGGAGAGAGUCGCUCAGCGUACAGCUGAGCUGGAAUUAAGUAAAAAGGCGGCCGAGGCAGCGAACGAAAGCAAGACGCUAUUCAUCGCGAACAUUUCGCAUGAACUCAAGACUCCAUUGAAUGGGAUCAUGGGUAUGUGCGCUGUGUGUAUGUCGGAGGAGGAUCCAAUCAAGCUUAAAAGAUCCCUCGGGAUUAUUUACAAAAGUGGUGACUUGUUGCUGAAUCUCCUUACUGAUCUGUUGACUUUCAGCAAGAAUCAGGUCGGUCAGCAAUUAGCGCUCGAUGAGAAGGAGUUUAGGCUUCGCGAUAUCAGCACCCAGGUGCUGGCCAUCUUCGAGCGCCAGGCGAAAGAGAACCAUAUAGAUCUAUCGAUCAACCUGGAAGGACCCCUCGAGGCAAAUACGGACCAUACGGGCAUCGUUAACGAAAAGCUUUCAUACGGUCCUUUUGGUCUCGGCAAGGUGAAAGACAUGGUCUUGUACGGUGAUCAGCAUCGCAUCCUGCAAGUAUUGAUCAAUUUGGUGUCUAACAGCCUGAAAUUCACACCCAAACACGGGAAGGUCAUAGCAACGAUACGGUGUGUCGGCGAAAGUAACAUACCCAUUAGUCGACACGAGUCGGUCCACUCUCGCCUAAGAUCAGCGAAAUCCAAGGUCCCAUCUUCGGCAAAUUCAUCUACAGGAACAUCUCGGCUGGUCAACACUGCAACUGCAAACGAGAUAAACGCAUUGCAGAAGCCAUCAGUAUAUGCGCAAAUUCUAGCAAGCGAGCUGAAUGCACCACCACCUGCUGGUCGUGUGCUUGAAUUUCAGUUCGAAGUGACGGAUACCGGACCUGGGAUUCCGGAACAUCUACACCAGCGGAUUUUCGAGCCUUUUGUGCAAGGUGACCUUGGCCUAAGCAAGAAACAUGGAGGCACGGGUCUAGGUCUGAGUAUCUGUUCGCAGCUAGCAGGGCUUAUGAGGGGCCAUGUUGAUGUGUCCAGUACCCUCGGUCAGGGCAGCAAGUUUACCAUGACGAUACCACUGAGACACCUUACCAGUGGUGCCGACAGCACGUCUGGCUCAAGUAUCGUGUCUUUCGUACCUCCUCGAACAAGAAGUCUUGACCGUGGCCCCGAUACGAGCACCGACAACGACGAUGCGAGUUCCAUGCGGUCGUUCGCAUCAGCACCAAGUCCAUCGAACGGUCCCGUAGCUUUCGAUACGGAUACGCAGCCACGACUCGUGGGCCUAAGUCAACCUUUCUUUGCGUCCAAUGUGCCACUAGAAUCGCCAGAUUCGCAACCAGCAGCCAUGGAACGCGUAAAGGCUGAAGCCUCUCAUCGAAUGGCCAAGGUCAAAGUCCUUGUGGCUGAGGACAACAAAACCAACCAGGAAGUGGUACUAAGGAUGCUGAAGCUCGAAGAGAUCUACGAUGUUACAGUGGCCAAAGACGGCCAAGAGGCUCUAGAUCGAGUGAAGGAAAGUAUGGAGGACCACAAACCGUACAGCUUGAUCUUCAUGGAUGUGCAGAUGCCGAACCUCGACGGCUUAGAGUCCACACGUCUCAUCCGUAAGACUGGCUAUACAGCACCAAUUGUUGCUCUCACUGCCUACUCGGAAGAGUCCAAUGUCAAAGAAUGCAUCGCGUCAGGCAUGGACUACUUCCUUUCGAAGCCCAUCCGGAGGCCACAGCUAAAACAAGUCUUGAAGACGUACUGUCCCACAAUUCAGGAAGAGGACGAAGAGCGAUCGAUGUCAUCAAGCUCAGCAAAAGUCGAUUCGCCCGCGGAGGAACGCGGCCGUGGAAGCUCGUCUCCACCAAAGCCUGUCCUCGGAUCUGUAGAUUUUGGGGCCACGAAUAGUACCAACACUCGAGAUGGACCGAUCACACAUCCCUCACGAGAGCCCUCUCCAAAAGCAUCCUGA